AUUACGCAGAGAUAGUUGAUUGGGUCAGCUACAGUUAUUAUAUCAGAUUCAGUCCCAUGCAAAGAGUAAAUUAGGUCACAUUUGUGAUUAGUCAUAUAUAAGUAAUUAACAAAAAGAAUUAUUAAAAUGGCAUCUUCGACAUUCUCUUCCAUGCUAUUCCUUCUCCUCCUCCUGUUUUCGUUUCAUAUGGGUGAAGCUCUUGGUGCUCAAACUGAAAUCCGCAAAAUCAAAGAGACAAUUAGGAUGAGGAGGAAUUUGGAAGGCAAUGACUACAAAAACUCUAAAAUGUGGAUGAGACGGAGCUAUUCACCACAGUGCCAACAAUAUGAAAGGUUUAAAAACAUGGUGACCACUAAUGGAUUGGACGACCCCUGUUUCCCCUUCACCUGUUUUAAUGGCUGGGGCCCCGGCAGUCAAAGUUGCACCUACACCAAAUACUGCCGAUCAGUUUAUGGCGCACCCCCGAGGUGCAGCAUCAACGAGGACUGUUCCUCAGCUUAAUAGAUUUAUCAUCUAUUGGGUGCAAAAUUAAUACAAAUAUAUACACAACGCUGUUUCAAAUGUGUUCCGUAUUCUACUUUUAUUGUCUUUCUCUAUUCUCAUCUUCUUGAUCAAAUUGUAAUCUCCAAAUGAUAUGUGUAUGGAACAGUUGUAUAACCUUUGUGAGUUGGAACAAUAUGUACAAUGUUAGCUAGCUAUAACACUUUCUAUCUAUGGACCAAACAUGGCCAAUUCUCGAUCGAUAAAACAAUGUUAAUUUU